GGUGGGAGCAUGGCGGGGGGCGGCGGGAGGCCCCGCUGCCCCCCGGGCGCUCUCCUGGCCGUGGCGGCCGUGGUGGUGGCGGCAGGAUGGGCGAGAGCAGAACAGAAGGAAGAGCAAUCCAUUGAUUUAAUUGGAAAGAAUGAAGUUUAUGGUGACACCAGGCAUGAAGUGAGUGUGUAUGUUAAGGUGUUCACAAACAGCCCGUUCCUGGUCUGUAUGGAUUUGGCUCUUUCUCAAGAAAAAAUAAUAGAUCCCAACUAUUUGUGGACUGGUCCAGAUGGAAGAUAUUUACAAGGGCAAGGAUACGUGAAUCUGACAGAGACAGGGAAGCUGAUGGUGAUGGGUUUCAGGGUGGCAAUGUCUGGUGCCUACACUUGCACUCUCUCCCACAAAGUCAUCGAAACUACAACACAGGAAGAAAUAGAAAUGGUUGAGGCCUAUAAAUUCAUGGUUUAUGCCUACAGGGAGGCUGACCAUGCCUAUCAGAUGUCUGUUCGCUUUAGCAUGACGCAAUGCAGGCUGCAAACCGAUGCCUUGUUCGUCGAGAAAUUAAACAAAAUCCUCAACAGCACCAUCUCCCACCUGACCUGCCACAUCACAGCCUCGUAUUAUAAGUGCCACUCUAUCAGGACACCAAAGAACGGCCUCCAGCAUGAGCUGUUUGUUAAUUUUCUAGUCAAUCCAUUUGCACCAGGAUGGGAAGAAGUUUGCCACGAGGUUCCUUAUGACUGUGAAGAUGUGACAAACAGGAGAGUCCGACAGGCAGCAGAGCUAAUUGGGAGGUUUUUCCAUCAGCUGAGGUAUGUUUUGAAGUACGAGUUUCACGCUGUUCCUACAAUUCAGUACGUGGACAACAGCUUCUCCAUGACUCCCAUCGACAGCUGCCGGCCAGGUUUUGGGAAAAACCACCACACCCACCAGAACUGCGCCAGCUGCUGCGUGGUUUGUAGUCCUGGAACUUACAGUCCCGACAAUGGGGUGACAUGUCAGACCUGUGACAACCCUCAAGCCAGAAUGUAUGGAGCAGUAUCCUGCUAUUAAGCUGGCAGAGACUGGAAAACCAAAGAGCAGCUGCCUGGACACGAGGAGAAAGGAAAAUCAGGUCUCCAAGACAAAAGAGAGGGUGACUAACAGAUUACGCAGCGCAGCAUUUAGGAGGAUUAAGGACCCAGGUUAUGGCUCUCUCCUUGUCCCCAGAAUAAAGAGGGAACAUUCUAGAGGGAAGCAGAGAGUCUGCAGAGCCUCUUCCAGCUCCUCCUGCUGCAUCUUCCCCUCCAGCUGCACCAAACCCUCGUGCAGGGCCCGGCUGGCCGCAGGUGCUGCAGGAACAGACGAUCCUCUUACACCAGCUGUGAAUUCCUGAGCAGUUCACCGGAUGAUACAAAUUGCCAAAGCACUGAGAUAAUGGGAACGUUUUCUUCCCAGAGAAACCUCAUCCCAACCCACUUUGGAAGGUUAGCUGCUGGAUCUGCAGCGAUCCAUCACCCUACUCACAGAGUGAGUAAAGAUUUUUUGACCACUAUCAAGAACAUCAUGUGUAACUCUAACUGUUCCCCAGCCCCAGCUGAGCCUCCCAUGGCACAGCUCCUGGAACACAGGCUUUCAGAGCUUCUUUCUAAGCUGUUCUCUGUGGAAGUUUCUGCCUUCCUGACUCACUUUGUUGAGGGACAUCAGAGAAUUCAGUUUCUACACACAUACUGAGCUGUGGAAAGCAGUGCCCAGCAUUCCUCCUUUUUUCACAAAGCAAAACUAAGUCAAGCAAAAGAAGCAUCUCCCACUCAACAACUCCAACUUCUUACAGCAUCUCGACAUUCCUUGGUGAGUAUUCAUCCAAAAAUCGACCCAGUUCAACCCAGUUUAACUUAUCCAUAGUGACAGGAACACAGCAGGAGACGGCACGGGCACAGACCCCGCUCCGAGCUUUUCAGAGUCAUUACUUAUUAAAUACUGAGGAAUAAAGUGUGCUGUAAUGAGCAUUUCCACUGCCCUUGGGCUGAUUAUCCUCGCUGCCAACUGGACACCGCGCAUGGCUCAGGCUGAGGCAGAUGAAGCAGCCAGGCUCGGCGGUGCUGCCUGGUUCUCUUGGCCUAUUUCAGCAGGAGGAAAUGCCACAUGCAUCAAUUAUGAGGGGAAAAAGCCCUAAGUAUGUACUAAGAGCCAUGGAGAGUCACAAUUGAGCUGUACUUCCUCCUAAAAGCUUUUCCAGCACCUUCGCUUCUUCAGUGGGCCUGAAACUGAGUGGGACAAUUUUAGUUGGAUACAUGGAGGAAAUCCUUCCCUGUGAGAGUGGUGAGACCUUGGCACAGCUUGCCCUGGGUCCCUGGAAGUGUCCAAAGUCAGAUUAGGCAGUGCUUGGAGCACUCUGGGAUAGUGGAAGUUGUCCCUGCCCUGUCAGGGUGUGCAGUGUCUCCUCCAACCCAAACCAUCCUGGAAUUCUGUGAUUCUAAAAGUAGAAAAAUAGCUCAAAUAUUUAAGUUUCACAUUGCAAAGCAGUUUGUGUCAAUAAUUCUGUGGAGACUCAUAAAAACCUGACAGGAAGUGACCUUUCCUGUGUGAAAGUCCUCUGCAUCCGGCUAGAGCUGGGUGCCUGGGGCAGCAGCUGAGCCUUUCAUUUCUGACACCAUCCCUCACACCUCUCUUCCCUGUCACACCUUGGGAUAUACAAAUCCCUGUGAUCAGCUCUCACCUAAACUGUUCCCAUCCCUCUCUACCUCCCACAGCUGCAACAGGUCAUGAGGAACUGCAAGAUCCAUCCUCACUGUUUUAAACACUCCUCAAAUUCUCCUCUUCUGCUUGGCUCUGGUUUUACAGGAGGAAUCAUGGAAACCUGAAAACUCUUGGUGAGGUGGAGCAACUCCAUCACCCCUGUAGGCUCAGCCCUUUGAACCCCUACCUUAACCUGCCCUGGUCCCACAGCUCUAACCACACUUGGUGCCAAGGACCACCACAACACCUUGACAACUCUGAGGAGUCAUCACAAAUAAUACAUUUAGAACUUCAAACUUCCUGUCCUCUUCUCCACACAGACCUCCUGGAUCUCAGCAUGUACUGACAGCACACGAGAGCUUUGAAACAUCCACAAAUGGCAAAAAUAACAGGAUAAUCUGCCAGCUGGAAGCUGCAACCCAUUGUUUUCCCAUCAGAGCUGCCUGGAACAACCCACUUGAGAAACACUUAAGGAACACGUGUUCAAACAUUCACUGCAGAGCUGCAAGCGGUGAUGGGACUCUUCCAUGGGGUGACAGAGACAUUUCUGCUCUGGUGGGAAAGUUAUCUUGUAACUCUCUGCAGCAGCUUCAUUAACCUACAAUCAAGAUUUUCCUCUAAAUUUAAGCCAAGAGGAGCUGAAGGAACCACAGAUCUGCCCAGGACACAAGUCAUAGCCCCUGCUCACAGGUAGUAAGGAGAGGGGCUGUGGGAAGCAGGCAGAGCGGGGUUGGCACAUCCCAGGUACUCAUCACACCUGGCAUGGGUGUGGUGCAGCCCUGGCUAAUCCAUCCCCAGGAAUUCAUCCAAAGACACAUCCAGGAGCAAUUCCAGUGGAAAGGUGCUUGAAAACAAACCUUAACCAAGAGCUGAGGGUGUUCCAAGAGUGCCCAGGUGACACUGAAGGUGCCACAGACAGAGGCCCCUAGUGCUUCCAUAGAAGGAUGAACCUGAGCCCCACACUAUGAAGUCUGACGGCCCUGGGUCUUCUGAGACAGGAACCUGGAAAUACAACAUUUCCCUCUGAGAGGGAAAACUUUGAGGGUCGCACAAUUUAUUAAUUGGUAAAACUUCAUCCUAAAAGAACAACUGUUGGAAAAUGAUCCCUGGACUCAGCCAUGCCUGCCUUGGGUGAGUGAUGAGAGGGAAGAUCACCAGGGAGUGUGGAGGGGAGUGCACAGCCCACUGAACUGCUGAGCUCUCAACCACAGGCACAGGAAGUGCUAUUGUGAUUUUUAGAUCUGCUUCAUUUUCCUACCCACUGAAAUUAAAUUUUCUCCUGCCCAAGCCCAGUGACCACACGAUGUGCCUAGCAGCCUUCCUAGAGCCACUGGCAUCAUUGGAUUAAUGAGUCCUGUACAGGCAAUGAACAAGGAUGAUUCAUUAUUGGCAGCAACACACUUCUACAUGGAUUUUUUGGGGAGUGAAAAGAAAUAAAUAAGGUCCCUGACUGAAAGGCGGGUGAUGAAGUGUAGCCUGGCUUUAAUCCCAGUGUAAUCGCUGCUAUCACUCCUAAUUAUUGAUAAAUAUUUUCCUAAUUGUGGAAAUUUAACAAUUAGACAUCCUUCCUUCUCCCUUGGAAAUCUAAUCUCUUCAAAGUUCAGGAUGCAGUCUGGGGCCACUGCUGAGGAACACACUUCACUUGUGGGCUGAGGAAAACAGGGCUUGUCCCAAAACCUUCUCCUAAAGCCCCCCCAAAGCCCCCCUGCCACCAGCCCAUGCUGGGAGCACAGACCCAGGGGCAGGGCGUCCCCUGCCACUGGAUAUCCUGGGGGUUUCCCAGGAGCACUCCUCCAUCCCUGUGCUCCCAAGGGAUUUCAAGACUAAGCAGGCAAAGAAUCAUCCCUGCCAAGAGGAUUCAGGUCGUAGAUCUUGCCCCAGUGACACAUUUUCCUCCACCCUGGAGAGGAGAGCAGGCUGGUUAGUGACCGGGCAGGCAGAGUUCCUUGGAAGUUAAUAAUGGAGAUUUACCGGCGUGCUGGAACACACCGAAGGAGGUCACGCUGUUA